AUGUCAACGACAACUGCACCGAGGAGGGAGCCGCCUUAUCGACCGUUUCAGUGCGCUAUUUGCCAUUCGCGAUUCAGUCGAGGCGAGAACCUGAAACGUCAUACUGCGGUCCAUAACCAACCCCAGGAGAGACGUAUCCUCCUUUGUCCCUUAUGCCCGGUAACAUUUUCUCGGGCAGACCUCCGACACCGACACAUGAAGAGGAAACAUCCACAACAUGAAUCACAACAACCCUCGAAGUCGCAGCGGCAUUCAAAUGUCAACGAGGCUCGUCAAAUAUGGCCCGAGCAGACUGAAGAGAGAGGCUCAUCGCAGGAGGCUGAGAUCCAAACAGCGGACCUCCACUGUUCUCUGUCCUCAAUGGGAGAAGGGCUUAAUUCAGCUGAUGAUUCCCUCGCCAUCGACCUCAUUAUUCAAAAUGCGACCAGCUUAGAGCAGAACCUCCUCUUGGGAACCACCCUCUUUGAUCGUCCGCAGAUUUCCCAUCCCCGCUUCGACUCCAGUGCCGUAUCACCGCACUUUACGUACCAAUCAUCUCCAACUAACAUCAACGCCACCCCCGACAUCUCCGAUACACUGCUAGUGACUGGCCUUACCCCUCCACAAGAAGCAAUUUCGUUAUCUCCAAUUCAAAUAAAUCGUGGCUGCGACCUAUUUUUCACACAUGUCUCGCCCUUCAUCCCAUUCCUCCACCGGCCCACCUUUGAUGCGACCCAGCUACCGGCUCAGUUGAUACUUGGGAUGCUUUCGCUUGGAUACCAAUAUGGGGAGGAUCCAGAUAAUGGCCAUAUGGAAGGCUCCGGUGUUAGUCUCUCAUCUCGUUGCUUUCACCAGGCUCGGGUCUUGAUUGCUUCUGAGGAAACCGACACGAGUGAUUUCUCGUCUAGCAUCACCACUGUUCAAUCAUACUUGUUGCUCCAAAUUUGUGCCAUGAUGUACUUAUGUGGCACCGACUCUGCUUAUGGACUCAAAAUGCACUCGAAUAUGAUUUCUCUUGCUCGUGCCAGUGGAAUGAUGCAGCCGGAGCCACCCGGCUCUUCUGCUGCCCAAGAUUUGGAUUCACUGUGGCAAGACUUCGUUAAGGCCGAAUCUCACAAGCGAACAUCGUUUGCUGUUCAUCAAAUCGAUGCGCUUUGGUAUCAAUUCUUAUCGGUCCCUCGCUCCAUCUCUCAUUUGGAAAUCAAGCACGAGCUACCGUGUCCCGAUAGCCAAUGGUCAGCUGCUUCGUCCGCAGAAUGGGCCCAUCGUCGUCUGCUAGUGAACAAUUCUGGUCCUUCUGUGCGAUAUGCCGAUGCCGUUCGUCUGUUCCUUUCCAGUGACUCAGAUUUAGCUGCAAUUCCCGCAUUUGAUCCAUAUGGUGCAAUCAAUAUCGCACAAUUUUUGAUAUCCAGUGCUCGUGAAAUAUCAGGUUGGUCUACAAUGACCGGAAUGUUGAGUAUGGAGAGAUUUGGAUGUUUGAAAACUUCACUCGCCACUUUACUAUCCUUCAUCUACCCAGAAGUGGAUGCGGCGGGGUCAACACACGCUGCCGUAUACAUGGCAACGUGGCAGACUGCUAUGCUAGAACUGCAGUUGUGGUCUCCAUCACACACGGGUGGUAUUGUUGGGGGUACCUUGGACGCUAUGCUGCAUCAAUCAACGGCUUUAGCGCCUUCUUAUGAUUUCUCAAGUGACCUUGACACUGCCAAGGCCAUUGAGCCGCAUGUGCAGUGGUUCCUCAGGUACUUGGAUGAGACCUUGAUUCCUGAUGCCGAGGCCCCAUGGGUUACAUUGUACGCUUAUAAGGCGUUUUUGAAUGCUUGGCAACUUGUACGUGGCGGUGUGCCUGGCGCCAUGCAAGUUGUUGGAGUGGCGGAUGGUGAUUUGGAUGGUGCCACAAGUUGGGCACGAAUGGUUUUUGACCGAAGGAGGCAUUGGAAACUCGGACAACUGAUCAUUUCAUGCUUGGAUACACUUGAAUCUUCCUCUGUACCCUGA